GGCAUUUUUUAUCUUUCGCUCUUGUAGUGUUUCCGUCUUUCACGGUGGCAGUACGAUUUUCUUCAUAUCAAAAUCUUCACGACUUCUUCAAAUUUCUGUUUGUCUUAGGACGUUGAUCUUCACCUUGUACCCCCCCUGGUCGUUUGUAUCUUAGGACUUUGAGCUGACACCCCGUAAGUAUCUUAGCCUCCCAGUCUAUACCUUGCUUUGCUUUUAGUGCGCUACUUGACAUUGCUGUUCGUACUUGGAGGAAAACUUACUCGCAAAAUCCAACUGAAUAUACUUGCGUCUAGCACAGCUCUCUCUGAAGUACGAGAUGUUGGUUUUGGAGCGAAACGAUAUGUAAAAACUAAAGCUGUUGUCAACAACAGCUGCAGCGAGGAAGGUUUACUCAAAUAUUGGAUCAACAUCUUGGUAAGGAACCCACCUCCUGAAGCUGCUUCUCUUCCUAGCCGCUUAGGCUAGCGCAGCCUCCGCCCAAGAUGCAUCGGUUCGAUACGUUUUCGAAGCCGCUACAGGAGUUUCAGGUGAAAACGAAAAUUGGCGGCUACCUCUCCGUAACGUCAGUAUGCAUGAUCGUGUACCUGCUGCUGUCGGAGGUGAUGUUCUUCCUGGAGCUCGAGCAGAAAGACGAGAUGGUGAUAGACUUGUAUCAACUGCAAAAGUGUCUGGGUCUGGAAGAUUGCAACUUGUCAUGCUGUUUUUGGACUCUAAAAAAAUUUGUAUUGCAUGACCAGCAAGAAGAGGGGUGCAAUGUGUGCUACACGGACAGGGCAUUUCUCAUGCGGAAGGUGCAUCAGGAGGGCCUUUAAAAGUCUGCGAAGAUGCUAGGUCAUGCAUUACAGGCAUCACGGGUCAUGAGAAAUAUGCAUGACAAAUCUUGCAUUCUUCCAGACCCAGACAUUUUUGCAUUUGAUAACUUGAACCAAGACACAAAAACCUUCAAGAUGCACCUGGAUUUGUGGGUAAGUACUAAGUAAUUUGAUUGAUGUUGCAAUGCGUAGCAAGAAUAGUAUACCCUGUGAUGCAUGAAAUCGCAUGAAGUGAAUUUUUUGUCCAAAAAAAAAUCCACAAGAAUUUGUUCUACAAAUACACAGCUUCCAGAACUUCCUUGCGCGGUUGUCGCUUUGAAUUUGGUACACGUCAAGAACCAGGAUAACGUAAUGCACGUCGGGCACACGAUAUCGCAGGAAAAAAGUUUCACAGUUACACAUUUGUACGUGGAUUCAGCAUCACAAACUUGCGCAGCCUGACAGAGAAAAUUUGCAAUGCAGAAAUCAUAAAGGCAAAACACACAUGAAACGAGGCUCGCAAGCAUCUUGCGCAUUCCAGAGGUUGUUUAUCUUGCGUGCUUUGCAACACAAUGUGUAGCUGUAACGUUUUUUCUUUGCAUACACGAUCUUGAAGCAGAGGUGGGGCAAGGACCCGAAGUCAAGAGAGUGGGUGGAGCUGGGAAAGUAUGCAUUGCAAAACUAAUGUACUGGUCGUAAUCAUUGUUUUUGCAUUACAAAAGCUUAGCAUGUGAAACGGAUUUUUUCAUGCUAACUUUGGAACAAACAGGAGAAUAGUCAUGCACAAACCGCAAUGAAAAUUAGAAUUAGUACGGGCACGAUACAAGAACUUUUGCAGUGCAUACAAAACCGGUAAGAGGAGGGCUGCACAGGAUCUCCGCCAGCUCAGGGGAAUUCAACGACAAUCUGAUGAGAAAUUUAGGCAACCAGGCCGUAGAGGGGUUGCAGCACUCAACAAGAAAACAGAGGUGUCACAGCUGUUACGGGGCACUUUCGGAUGAGGUAAGAAUGAGACUCACUGUUGAUGCAUAGCAUGACAAACUUGCGUACGAUUUUUGCCAGAGGAGCAACUUGUGAUGCUUAAAGGAGCAUGAGCAACAUGGUUUGCAAAAAUGCCAGACCGAGAACAUGAGAUGCAAAUCCGAAACAUAAACCACACUAACUUCCACCCAGGACGACUGCUGCAACACGUGCGAUUCAGUGAAGGAAGCAUUCCGAAAGCACAAGUAUGCAAGAAAUAAUAAACCCUGUCCGCUACCUCCUGUUGUUUUUGUACUUCACGCGGUUUCUUUGCCAUGCCUGAAACUACGCAUAAUCAAAUCUUUUUUUUUUGAUGAAAAUGUAAAUUCAUUGAAGUACGAAAGCGACUGCUUUGUGUUUGUCCCCUCCAUACCCCCUGGGAGUUGCCAACGGAUCACACGGUCGAGCAGUGCGCCGAUGAAGAGUACAACCAGAGACCAGCCUGGGCAGAAGAAGGUUGUUUUGUGCGAUUACAUUUAUUUGUCAUGCAAAAAUCAGCAAACCCAAUUCGGUUUGUCAUGCAGACACUGUAAAGUAGAUAGGCAAAAAAUUCUCUAUUCAAUUAUCAGGUUGCAAAAUCACUUCCCGUUCCGUCGCGCGAAAAGUUCCCGCGUACCUCCAAAUCGGCCUAGCGUUAUCCCAUGCAAAAGUGCGGUCGGUGUACAAGUUGCAAUCUUGCUUUCCGACCUGAACUAGCAUAAAACGAAUUUACGUUUUUAUUUCUCUUGAAAAAACUUGUGAUGCGAGUUGUACGUAGAGUGGUGCUUUUGCAAUGCAUAAGCGCAUGACUUCAACAAGAACUUUUUGCACCAGAACUUUGUCGACCGGGCACAGCAGGGCUACAUCUCGUUCACACACACGAUUGACCGAUUGCUGUUUGGUUCCGCUUUUCCGGGCUUCAUUCCAGUGCUGGAUGGCAUGGAACAGAGGCACGAACACGGUAUCAUGAAUGUUUUUCAUCAUGAUCAUUCACAAGAACUUUGUAAUGCGGGACAGAGGAUGAGAGUUUGAUUUUGUCAUGCGGGGUUCGGAAUGAAGAUAAUUUAUGCCACUUCUUGAAAUUUUUGUUCCAGUCCCGCUGAUCGAAUCCUGGUCCGAAGAGAAGCUGGAAUCACAGUCCGAGCUAUCAAAUGCAAACAUGUGUGAAUCUGGAAGUUUGUGAUGCUACUACUCGCAUCGAAGAGUAGCUGCUUGUACGGCAUAACAGCAUUAGAAAUUUUGCGAGCCUCUAUAUUAUUGCAGACUCAUUCGCAAAAUGCAUGACAAACUCGCUUUCACCAGCACGACAGAGAAGUAGGGGGCGACUCGUCUAAAGAUUCCUGCAUUACAUACAGAUCUCGUUGUCCUCCUUCAAAUUUCGCAUCACAAAAAAUCCAGAACAAAAGACAACAUAUUUGCCAUGCAUACGAGCAUUGGCAAUACGACUUGCACCUGAUUCCCACGGAUUUUGUCACGGCUUUUGGCCAGGUCAUCGAGUCCCACCAAUACUCAGCAACACAGUAUUUCAGACUUUGACUGUGCUUUCUGUGAUGCACAUUUUGCAAGGAGGACUGGACUUUGUCAUGCUAGGACCGCAGUUGAAAGGAAACAAUCAAAAAACCACACACGACACUAAAACGAAUUCCAAUUAUACAGCUUCGUCAAGGGUCUGAACGUCGUCCAGAGGCACCGGGACUUGCCCGCGGCGGGGAUUUAUCUGAAAUACGAGUUCACCGCUUUCCGCGUCCGGUGGAUCCAGAGCUACAAGUCCUAUGACCAGCUCAAACGUUUUUGCACUCUCAAACGUGACCACAAUAGAAUCUGGGUCCUGUAUUGCAUGAUGAGCAUGACAGACUCGGACAGCAUUCCACUUUCUGCAAUACAAAUCUCGCCAGAUUGUAGUGCGGAUUGGGACUCCAGAACUUGUCAUGCGCAGUCCUAUGAGAGUUCGCUAGAUAAUGCACUUGUUGCAACACAAAUUCCAGACUCCAUUGCAACGUUUGAGAUUGUAACACCUGAGCAGGUUAUAAGUCCGUGUCCCACUUUCUGA